AUGUCGCAGCAGCAAAAUUUUCUCGAACCUUCAUCAUCAGCGAUAUCGUCAAAUUUUGAUGAUCGUUUGCAUUAUCGUCCUUUACGAACAUUAUUUACUCCGGCACCUUAUCGUUCACCACCAUUUCAUACCUCAACAAUUUCAUUACCUGAUAUCAAAGAAGCUACUACGGAAGAGAACGAAAGUAGCUGUAGCGGUUCAAUGGAACAUAAUGAUGCCAAUUUUCACGAUCAUUAUAGUCGAAAAUCUUCAGAACAGAAUUUGAAAGUUGAAAAUAGCAACAAUCUUGUCGCAGUGGAUCAUCAAGUAGCAAAGGAAAAUGCAUGCACUAUUCAGCGGUAUUGUCAUGAACAACCGCAAAUGCCUUCGCCUACAAAUACUUUCAAAUCUUCCGCAGUACAGGUUCAUGAGGUGAAUAGCAAUUUUAAAUAUUCUUCUGAUUCAAAUGCUCCACCGCAAAAGCCUCUCGAUGCGUGCGAAUCUCCACGUAGUUAUUCGAGUGAUUCCAACAAGCAACCAAAAUCUAUUUUGAAACAACGAUCAGUAUCAUUAUUAUCACCAUCUUCCUCUAAUAUCAAUGAUAAUAGCCUCGGACGUUACAUUGAAAAAAUUCAAAUCAGCGAUAGUACUCAUAAGGAAGAAAAAGAGUGGCGUCAAGUCGAAAGUUAUGCUAACUCGGGUCACGUGAACCAGCCAAGUUCGGAUUUGACCGGUAGGGAGAAUCGGCUCUAUCAAGUUAUGCAAGAGAAUUUGCGACAGCAAAAGCUAUUACGACCUCAAACAUCUCGUCAUCUUCCACAAGCCUCUUUUAAUGGGCCUUUCUUUACUCUCGAAGAAGUUCACACCAAACAGCACAGGGAAUCAUUGAAACAAACUCAUCAAAUUCCUAUCGACGAUUAUUAUUUAAUCGGGAAACAGCGGCAGAAUUCAAUCGAUAAUUCAAACCAUAAAUUAAGAUAUAACAAUCGAUCAAAGUCGGUAUCAGUAAUGGAAGUAAAUGUAGCGGAACCUGAAAAGAAUAAUGAAAUUGGAGAAAGUGAUGUCCAUUGGCCAUCACCACCAAUAAAACUCGAACAUGAACGUGCCCGAUCAGUUCCACCAUCAUUAAGAACCAGAAAUAUCACUGAUCCGGAUCGAAUUGAUGAGUAUCAUCGACAAAAGGAACUUGAACUGGAAGCUAUGAGACGUAAGGAAGAGGAAGCUAUUGCGUGGGAAGAAAAACAGCUUCGUGCAUUGGAACUACAAGAACGUUUGUAUUAUCAGCAAAUGCAAGGAAGACGAAGCAGAAGUAGUUCAGAAUUAGACGAAUCAAUAACGCAAUCUCAUGAAGAAUUACGACAGAUCGAUAUGAAUGCAAAAAAGCGACAAAACGAAUUUCACUUUGAGAAAAGCCUAGAACCACAACUGAUGCACGUUUAUGAAACGCGUCCUAUUACGAUGACAUCUGAAAAAAGUGAACAGCCGGAAUUUACCGGCUCAUCAAAUCCGGUAACCUGGAAACGAUUGUACAUUGUUGAUCAAUCAAAACCAGCUGCUAAGAAUGAAAUUAUCACCAGUGAGCAACUUCUUGAAAAGGAACGAUUCGAUAUUGAUUUAUUGAAGCGUCGUGAAGUAUUCAUCGAAAAGCCGAAACCAAAACCAGUGAUUUUUCGAACCGGAAAACGAUGGAAACCACCACCGGAACCAUCUUAUAUUUGGCCAUAUAUGCGUAAAGAAAAAUUAAAUGCUGAACCAAGCCUUGAAAGCAGUAGUAAUUACUCUACAGAUAAUACGGCAGGUCGAAUAGUUGAAAAUACUGAAUUCCGAUGGCAACCAAUCAUGUAUGAUCCGGAAUACAAACAGGAACAUAAAAAUUUCACUCCUGAAAAUUCAUUGCCUGGCACACCACGAGGAUUUGGUCCUGGUCCAUUAGAUGAACCUGCAAAGCGUCAAAUCAAACACCUUAUACAACCACUACCUGAUGGUAGCCAUCGGCCAAAACCAGUAUUUGGUGGUCCACGUGCUACUCCAUCUGGUGGCUUCUAUCCUCAUGCACCAAAUGCUAUUAAAGUAUUGAAAAAAAAACAUUCACAGAGCUUACCGGAACCAAUUGGUACAACAGAUUUGGAUAAGGAAGUGGAAAUCAUUCAUCAAAGAAGAUUUCAUCGUCUUGGAGAGUUGCCAUCAGCCACGACAUCCUCACAGUGUUACGAAGUAGCAGAUUGGGAGAAAAUCUACGAUUUGCCAGUACACUCAUCCACGAUCACGUCAUAUGAUAUGCCUCGGAACGUGAAUGUACGUGGAAAACUUGCAGCGCUGGAAAAUUCAUUGAGGCAAGCUACACCUUCAGUUUGUUUACGUCUAAACUCAGGUGAUACACAUCGUCCACCAUCUUGCACACGUGCGAUUAAUAUUGAUAAUGGAUUACAAUCACCAACAAACAUUAUAAAAAUAAAUCGAAAUGGUCAGCAUUUGCGACAACAAUGCCUUCGACAGCAACUUCAUUCAGGAACUGCACCGCGUACUGAUAGUAAUCAUCGACCUUAUCAGCAACAAAGAAAUGAGCGACAAUUAAUUCCAUCACAUGGUUUGUUAGUUCGUCAAAUCAAUCAUCGUAAUGCGAAACAAUGCAAUCGUAUCGAUUGUUCAAAUAGCUGUCAACAAUUUUCUCGUGAAAUACUACCAUCAAAAAAACUGUUAUAUCAAAAUCAUGAUCAUAAUCAUCGAGGAAAUUCUCCUCAUCAACAUCAUAUUCCUAUUUUUCGUUCCGAUCAUACAUCAACACAACCAGUACAAUCAACCGUAUCCGUAGUAACUAAACCACGUCGUCUAACACGUAUACCUGUGAAUACUUCCGUAGAAGAACGACUAUCAUCACGAACUUCUUCAGCUAUCACUGAAUGGCAACGAUCAUCAUCCAUUGAUGAUUAUUUGAAUACAAAGAAUUAA